AUACAACGGACAUGAUCUUUUCUAUGCAGAAUCAAAUGCAAAGUUAUACCCUGCCUCCCUUUCAGGAGGCAGUUCUCCAGCAAUAUCCUGGCUAUGACGUUGUUCAUCCAAUCCGAAUUGAUGAGAGGGGAUCUUUUCUGUCCUACGAUCUGGCUCCUCAUGCAAUUCACAAAAGGGACCUUUCCUCCAGGAACAAUUUGCUCGCCUUUUAUGAGCUGCAUUACAAAGGACAGCACCUAAAAUUCAAUUUAAGCAUCAAUAACCAUCUCCUUGCUCCUGGGUUUGUUAGUGAGAGGCGAUAUGGAGGAAUCACCAAUGCCAAAAUCCAGCCUUACAGUCACAACUCUUGUCACAUGACUGGAGAGGUCCAGAACUGGGCACUGAAAGGUGGUUUAGCAGCUCUUAGCACGUGUGAUGGGCUGACAGGUGUAUUUCGGCUUGCGAAUGAAGACUAUUUCAUUGAACCUUUGGCUACAAGUACGCAUGAGGCGCAUACAGCCCGUCCACAUAGGAUCUAUAAACGUCAAGCUCCAGCAUAUGAGGAAGACAAGUCAACAGUGGAAUCCAGCAGAAAGCGAGACAGGAAACCGCCCCAUGCCUUGGGAACAUGUGGAGUCCAAGGUGAAACUCUGGUGACAGGCAGCAGGGGAUUGUCAGUGGAGCUUGGAAUUCCAUCUCCUGUGCAGCCCCAUGGAGCCAAAGAAUCUCAGCAGAGCCUGGAGACAUCUGAGAAACGGAGAGAGAGAUGGGAAGAGAGGCAGCAGAGGAGGCGCAGAAUAAAGCAGCGCUCCAUCAGCAAGGAGAAGUGGGUGGAGACGUUGGUGGUAGCAGAUCCCAAGAUGGUGGAAUAUCACGGAAGUGAACAUAUAGAAAAGUAUGUGCUGACCGUAAUGAACAUGGUGGCAGGGAUAUUCCAUGAUGCCAGCAUUGGAAACCCUAUCCACAUUGCAAUCGUUCGGCUUAUCCUGUUAGAAGAUGAUGAGGAGGAUUUGAAGAUCACCCACCAUGCGGACAACACCCUGAAGAGUUUUUGCAAAUGGCAGAAAAGCAUCAAUGUGAAAGGAGACACCCACCCUUUGCAUCAUGAUGUAGCUGUCUUGCUAACCAGGAAAGACAUCUGUGCUGCCAUGAACAGGCCAUGUGAGACGCUGGGUCUCUCUCAUGUAUCGGGCAUGUGUCAGCCUCACAGAAGCUGUAAUAUAAAUGAGGAUACAGGACUUCCCCUGGCUUUCACUGUGGCCCAUGAACUCGGACACAGUUUUGGGAUUCAGCAUGAUGGAAGCGGCAAUGACUGUGAGCCAGUUGGGAAAAGACCUUUCAUCAUGUCUCCACAGCUCCUGUAUGACACCUCUCCACUCACCUGGUCCCGCUGCAGCAGGGAAUACAUCACCCGCUUCCUCGAUCGAGGCUGGGGGUUGUGUCUGGAUGACCCACCUGCCAAAGAAGUGGUCCACUAUCCUUUGGUUCCACCAGGAGUCCUCUAUGACGUCAGCCAUCAGUGCCGGCUGCAGUAUGGAGCAUAUUCUGCCUUCUGCGAUGACAUGGAUAAUGUCUGCAAUACGCUCUGGUGCUCAGUGGGAACCACUUGCCACUCCAAGCUGGACGCUGCUGUCGAUGGCACAAAGUGUGGCGAGAACAAGUGGUGCUUCAAUGGAGAGUGUGUCCAGGUGGGCUAUCGCCCGGACUCAACUGAUGGAGGAUGGGGGACCUGGAGCUCGUGGUCUGCCUGCUCUCGGACAUGUGGCGCUGGUGUUCAGAAUGCAGAAAGGCAAUGCCACAACCCCACACCAAAGUACGGCGGCAAAUACUGCCUGGGGGAACGGAAGCGGUUCCGGGUUUGUAACAUGAAGCCGUGCCCCAUAGACAGACCGUCCUUCCGUCACAUCCAGUGCAGCCAGUUUGAUGCCAUGCUAUAUAAAGGGAAACUCUAUAAGUGGAUGCCAGUACCUAACAACAUCAAUCCGUGUGAGUUGCACUGCCGCCCCGAGGAUGAAUACUUCGCCGAAAAGCUCCGGGAUGCUGUCAUCGAUGGGACUCCAUGUUAUGAAGGGAACGCAAGCCGGGAUAUGUGUAUCAAUGGGAUCUGUAAGAACGUGGGCUGCGACUACGAAAUCGACUCCAACGCCGUGGAGGAUCGGUGUGGGGUGUGCCACGGAGAUGGAUCCACCUGCCAGACAGUGAAAAAGAUGUUCGAGGAGAGCGAGGGGCUGGGUUAUGUUGACAUUGGGAUGAUCCCUGCUGGAGCCCGGGAGAUUAGAAUUGAGGAAGUGGCAGAAGCAGGAAAUUUCCUGGCCUUGAGGAGCGAAGAUCCAGAGAAAUACUUUCUGAAUGGCGGGUGGACCAUCCAGUGGAAUGGAGAUUACAAAGUGGCGGGGACCACCUUCACCUAUGAGAGGACUGGGAACUGGGAGAACCUCACGUCCCCUGGGCCCACUGCGGAGCCUGUCUGGAUCCAGUUGCUGUUUCAGGAGACAAACCCAGGGGUUCGCUACCAGUACACGAUCCGAAGGGAGUCGGACCAGGACAAUGAGAUUCAGCCGGCAGAGUUUCUCUGGCGAUACGGCUCCUGGACUAAGUGCACUGCCAUGUGUGGGACAGGUGUUCAGAGACAGAUUGUGCACUGUGUUGAAAAGGCAGCUGGGAUAGUGGAGGAACGGUACUGUGACUCGUUAACCCGACCUGACGACAAGCAGAGGACGUGUAGCGAAGAGCCCUGCCCAGCCAGGUGGUGGGUUGGUGAGUGGCAGACAUGCUCUGCCACUUGUGGCGAAGGUGGGCUCAUGAAGCGGACAGUCCUUUGCAUUCAAAGUGUGGGGCUCGAUGAACAGCGGGCUUUGCUGCACACCGAGUGUCAGCAUCUCUCCAAGCCAGACGCCGCUGCGCCCUGUCACAGGGAUAUCCUCUGUCCUGCUCAAUGGGCCGUGGGCAACUGGUCUGAGUGCUCAGUCACAUGUGGAAACGGAACACAGGGGCGCUCUGUUUAUUGCAAUCAUGAUAAUAAAACAACUUGUGAUCCUGCACAGAGACCACCUUCAGAAACAACUUGCUCCCUGAAGCAAUGCCAGAAGAAAAUAGAAAAUAGCAACACUGACUGGUCUGGCAGCGGCUCUUCCAGUAGAGAACUAUUUAAUGAGAUAAAUUACAUUCCCACUCACCACAUUUCCCACUUUAGCCCCCCAAUGCCGAAUCAUCCACAAUCCAAAGAUGAGAAUGUCAUCACUGAGGAGGAUUUUCCAGGCAGCAGUAACAAAAAGGGAAACGUCUUUGUCGAUGAUUUUUACUACGAUUACAAUUUUAUCAAUUUCCAUGAAGAUCUGUCCUAUGACCCGCUUGCUGAGAAAGACAUUAAGAGUGAGGGGUUUGAACCAGGGCCUGGGGGUGAAGCCACUAAUAACCUGGGGGAGUCUAAUGAAAUGUCUCCUAGCAUUCCAUAUCAUGCAGAACCAGGAGAACCCAAUGAAGGAAACUUAGCAAGUAGUGAGACAAAUACUUCAGCCGAUGGACACAAUGAAGAAAAGGAAAACGCAGGGGUUCAACACGAUACAACUCUCUUCAGUGUAACUGAUGCACAUGAGGUUAGCAGAGCCACUACUGCCCUCUACAUAACUUCCUCCUACCUUAGGGGGGAGGAGGAAGAAACACACACGCCACUGUCCAGAGAUGAUCCACCCACUGAGAGAGGAACAAGGCUUGAUUCUAUAAACAGCCACGCUUAUCUGUCCACUGAUAAGCCCCCAGGAGCCCUGCUGACAAGUACCAUUUCUGAAGAGGAUGCAACCAUCACCACCCCGUCUCUCAGUUAUCCUUAUCUGGCCAUCCCCCCUCCACCCCUGCCAGCUGACAAGGGCCGCAGUGGUGGAGAAGAGAUGUCUGGCAUUUGGGGAAGCACAGCAGAGCCUGGAAGCAGAGGAGAGGAUGGUCAAAGCACAGAGGCUCCUGUUAACAAUGACAAGGAAGAUGAUGGCUUGGCUGGUAUUGCCCGGAAGGGCCAGGAGGAUACCAGUGAAAGGGAUUUGGUCACCAUUGGUGAUGGUGAUGCUGCCUCCAAAACCAAAGAUGAGACAGCACUGUCCAGUAUAACGGCAACAGUGGAGAGUGAAGACAUGAACAGGCCCCCACAUAACCUGCCUCCCCAGCCAACAACAAAGCCGCUGCCUCCUGCAACAGACGACACCCCUUUGAUCUCCACUGAACCCAGUUCUAAACAGGAAGCAGGAGGCAGGAGUGAAGAUAUUGACCCCACUAUGAGCUCUUACAAUCCUGGUAACGGAGAACCAGCUGACCACACUCCUCCUGCAGAGGAUGUGCAGAAUUGGCAAGAUGAUCUCAGUGCUGCAUCUCAGACUCCUGGCAUGCGAACAGGCGUGACAGCUCUUUCCCGCCUGAGGUCCAUGCCUCCCCACGCGCGUGAGCCAUUCACUCCAGAAAGCUGGACAUGGACAUCAAAUAGUCUAGCCCAUCAGGGUACCCAGGCACCAGCUCCGCCAAUAUCCUCCGAGCCCAGCCCCAGGGCCAGUCCAGAAGGGACGUUGCCCGCUUUGCCAGCUGAGUUAACCACGGCAGGGUGGGCGGAGAGGGAAGCAAAUGAAGGAAAGAUGACUCUUUAUACCACGAGUGUGUUUUCUGAUGUGCCAGACCCAAAUGAAAGCACAAGCCGGGGCGAGAGCACACCAUGGGGCACUCUGAGGCUAUUCGCCAGUGGGGAUGGAGACCUUGGAACAUCUCUCCCCAUGCUCAGCCUGCCAGAGCAGAAGCAGGAGGAGGCAGAAGUGACGACCCCAGCUGGGAAGUUGGGAAAUGGAGUGAGGCAAUGCUCCACAACGUGCGGCUUAGGAGCCAGCUGGAGGCCAGUGCACUGUAGCACAGGCAAGGAUGAAGAUUGUGUUGCUGCAAAGAAACCUGUCCCAGCUCGAAGGUGCUACCUGAGACCAUGUUCAUCCUGGCGUAUUGGAAACUGGAGCAAGUGCUCAAGGAACUGCGGAGGGGGGCUGAAGGUCCGGGACGUUCACUGCGUUGACACCAGAGAGCAGCGGCUUCUGCGACCCUUUCAUUGUCAAGCUGUUUUCUACAAGCCGCCAGUGCAGACUCCCUGCCAAACCAAGUCCUGCCUGGACUGGUAUACCUCAUCCUGGAGAGAGUGCUCUGAGUCAUGCGGCGGAGGGGAGCAGAAGCGUUUAGUGACGUGUCCAGAAAUCGGACGGUGUGACGAAAUGUUAAGGCCAAAUAACACAAGACCCUGCAACACUCACCCAUGUACCAAAUGGGUAGUGGGAUCAUGGGGAGAGUGCACAGCCACCUGUGGCGGGGGCAUCCAGCGGCGACAGGUGAAGUGCAUGAACACAAAAACUGGAGAAGCGGAAGAAGACAGCAGCCUGUGUGACCAUGAACAGUGGCCAGAGAACACCCAGAAGUGCAAUCCCCAGGACUGUGACAAUACUGAGUCAACCUUCAUCUGUGAGCGGGACCGCCUCACAUUCAGUUUUUGUCAAACCCUAAGGAUUCUGGGAAGAUGCCACCUUCCAACUGUCAAUGUGCAAUGCUGCCGAACCUGCCGCCAGCAUGGCCACAGUGCUCGGGAUCGUGGGAAUGAACGUGCCUCCAGGAGGUGAAACCAUUUAAGUCGAAGGACCCUUUAUGGGAAAGGGGAAAAUAGAGCUUUAGAAGCUUUAAGAGAACAUACAUCAUGCAGUGAGCAAAAGGAAUCCCAUGAAACUAGGUUUUGCCACAUGGUCUGUUCAUAUUGCAAUACAGAAUGUUGCUACAGGUUCCUACACUGGGGAUUUUGUAUGGUGCUCUUUAAAAAAACAGGGAUUUCUUUUUUUAAAAAACUACAAUACGUGGUGCUCAAAUGAUCAGUCUGAAACUCAGCACCUGACUUUCACUAGACAGCACCGAAAGCCCUACUAGUUACCAUGGAGAAAUGUGCUGUUUCUUAGCAAGUAGAUGAAAACAGAUACAAUUUUCCGUAUCUCGUGUUACGCCUAAUGGCAAACAAUCUACAAGAGAACAUUUUAGGAAACAGAAACGUAAAAUAGCAAACAUUUUGGGGAGCUCUCUCUAAAAGGUUUAUGGUGCUAUCAUGUGACAUUUUUGGCUUUUGGUUGGUGUUGGCAGGCCAACACAAAACUCUUGACCAAGUGACUUUGUAUUAUUAAUAAUAAUUAUUAUUUUAUAUACAUGAGCAUCUACCAUUCCAAACAGUGUAGCUUUUGUUUCUUCUUUUUUUUUUUUUUCCUUUUUUCCUUCAGGGACACAAAGCUGGCAACCCCCUUUUAUAAUUUACAUAAAAAUGUUUACAAAUUUACGUUAGCGCUACAUAAUGUAAGAAACCGAAACAGAUCAGAGUGAGCAAGGAAGAAAAACACCUGCACUAGUCAUUAUCACCAAGGGGAUUAGGACACUGCCCAGGUAUUCCUUACCCUUUUGAUGCUGAAUCUGAUUUUCUGUGUAAAAGUGAUUGAACCUCUGAGCAUGUUUUGAAGGAAGGUAGAGGGGUGAGGACAUCCAAAUCCAUGAAUGAAGAGAUAAAUUUACAUUGGAGGGAAAAUGUCAUUGCCUCAGCAUAUAAUUUGCAAAGAAGCCAUUCAUGAACAAUGUAUUAAAACACAGCAUCUACUGCUAUUUUACUUUCUCCACAUUAUUCCUCUGGAAGGCACGAAUGACAAAUGGGAUUGUUAAAGGCACAAUUGGAUUCAUGCAUGUGAUUACAACACUUUGUAUACGUUUGGUGGUUAGUUAAGAUUUUUUCUUUGUUUCUACAAAUUUAAAAAUCUUCCUUCUGCUUAUUUAGCUUGACUUUUGAUAAAGUUAGUUGAUUCUUUUAACUAGGCUGUCUAAUAUUGUACAAGGAAAGGGUACCUCAUUAGCAAGGCAGACAUUGUUCUAAUCUGUCAGUGGUCCAACACUGACUGUAUGUUAAUCCCUCUACACUACAGUGGUCAUGUAGCUGCAGACAACGUAUCUUAAAUUGCAUUUCUGCAUCGUCCACAUGGUGGGAGGCCAAUGAGAGCAAAUACUCCCAUUGGCUUCCCGUACUCCUCGUGAGGAGCAGGACUACCAGCGCCAAAGGAGGCACCCUCUGAGUUUGAUUUAGUGGGUCUAUACUAGACCUGCUAAAUUAAACCCCAGAAAAUUGACCAUGUCAGUGUCGAUCUUCUGUGUAGUGUAGACAUGCCCCCAGUGUAUUACGAAGGACUUAUUAUCCUGGUUCCUAGAACAAGGUCCAAAACAUAUUGAUAAAACUUAAUUCGUAUGUUACUCUUUAGGAUACAAGGAAAGACCAAAUAAUUGGAGAUAAUGAAUAAAAUCCUACUUGCACUAAAGUAAAUGAGAUUUUGCCAUUGAUUUUAAUUGAAGUAGGAUUGAACCCCAUAUCACUUAAAUGAUAUUACAAUUGUACAGUCCAGAAUAAGUAACCCUUUUUUUUAGUGCCAUCUUCUUUUGUACUGUGUGAAGCCACUUUCACUACAAUUGCCAAGAGGACAAGGGAAUUCCUGUGCAUAAUUUGUAAGUAAACUGCAGCCCAUCACUUUACCAGCUGCAUUUUGUUUCUUUCCAAGCAGAUGUAAAUGUUUUAUAUUUAAAGAGAUUGUGUACGUUCCUGUUUGAUUUCCCAGCUAUAGCGCCAUCCCUCCCAUGCAACAUUUUGCUGCAUUCAUCAGGGCUCUAAGAUUUUACUAAGAAAUAGUUUCCAUGUUCGUUGGUUUUUAAAUGGCUGUAGCUCAAAAGUAUGUUAAUUUAAACUGUUACCAAAGGAAAUGUAAUGUUUGCAGAUUUCUCUGUUUGCUCUCUAUUCUAAUAAUUUUUCAUUAGAAACCCCAUAGAGAAAGUUUAUGUACCAUGAUAGCGCUAGUUACCUAGCAACAGCCCUCUGAUCUGUAGCAAAAAAUAACAAAUCAGGACACUUCUGAAACUCCUUUGAGGCUGCCCAUAGAAAUGAUUAUUAAUUUUGUGAUUAAAAUAUAAAGCAGA